GGCUCCGGUUCCGGCGCCGGUACGGGUCGCGCCCCCAUCGCCUGGCCUUGAGGCCUCCGGCUCGCUGCCGCCAUGGGUGCCUACCUCUCCCAGCCCAACACGGUGAAGUGCUCCGGGGACGGGAUCGGCGCCCCUCGCCUGCCGCUGCCCUACGGCUUCUCCGCCAUGCAAGGCUGGCGCGUUUCCAUGGAGGAUGCUCACAACUGUAUUCCUGAACUGGACAACGAGACAGCUAUGUUUUCUGUUUACGAUGGACACGGAGGAGAGGAAGUUGCCUUGUACUGUGCCAAAUAUCUUCCUGAUAUCAUUAAAGACCAGAAGGCCUAUAAGGAGGGCAAGCUACAGAAGGCUUUGGAAGAUGCCUUCUUGGCUAUUGAUGCCAAACUGACCACUGAGGACGUUAUUAAGGAGCUGGCACAGAUUGCAGGGCGGCCCACUGAGGACGAGGACGACAAACAAAAAGUGGCAGAUGAAGACGAUGUGGACAACGAGGAGGCUGCACUGCUGCAUGAAGAGGCUACUAUGACUAUUGAAGAGCUGCUGACGCGCUACGGGCAGAAUUGUCACAAGGGCUCUCCCCACAGCAAAUCUGGAGCUGGGCCAGACGAGGAACCAGUGUCCCAGGGCCUCAAUGGGGAGACAGGACCUGAGGACCCAUCUAGGGAAGCUCCUUCAGAGGAAAAUGGCCCCACAUCUAAAGCCCACACUGGCCUUUCCUCCAACUCGGAACGUGGCACUGAGGCAGGCCAAGCUGGUGAACCUGCCACUCCCACUGGUGAGGCUGGGCCCUCCUGCUCUUCAGCCUCUGACAAGCUGCCUCGAGUUGCUAAGUCCAAGUUCUUUGAGGACAGUGAGGAUGAGUCAGAUGAGGCAGAGGAGGAGGAGGAAGACAGUGAGGAAUGCAGUGAGGAAGAGGAUGGCUAUAGCAGUGAGGAGGCAGAGAAUGAAGAUGAUGAAGAUGACACGGAGGAGGCAGAGGAGGACGAUGAUGAAGAGGAGGAGAUGAUGGUGCCUGGGAUGGAGGGCAAAGAGGAGCCUGGCUCUGACAGUGGCACAACAGCCGUAGUGGCUCUGAUACGGGGGAAGCAGUUGAUUGUAGCCAAUGCCGGAGACUCUCGCUGUGUGGUGUCUGAGGCUGGCAAAGCUUUAGACAUGUCUUAUGACCACAAGCCAGAGGAUGAAGUGGAGCUAGCCCGCAUCAAGAAUGCUGGUGGCAAAGUCACCAUGGAUGGAAGAGUCAACGGGGGCCUCAACCUCUCCAGAGCCAUUGGUGACCAUUUCUACAAGAGAAACAAGAACCUGCCACCUGAGGAACAGAUGAUUUCAGCCCUACCUGACAUCAAGGUGCUGACUCUCACUGAUGACCACGAGUUCAUGGUCAUUGCCUGCGAUGGCAUUUGGAAUGUGAUGAGCAGUCAGGAAGUUGUAGACUUUAUUCAAUCAAAGAUGAGCCAGCGUGACGAGAAUGGAGAGCUCCGGUUACUGUCAUCCAUUGUGGAGGAGCUGCUGGAUCAGUGCCUGGCGCCUGACACAUCUGGGGACGGUACAGGGUGUGACAACAUGACCUGCAUCAUCAUCUGCUUCAAGCCACGAAGCACACCAGAGCUCCAGCCAGAGAGUGGCAAGCGGAAGCUGGAGGAGGUGCUCCCCUCCGAGGAGGCCGAGGAAAAUGGCAGCAUGGAUACCAAGAAGGCCAAGCGGGACUAGCAGUCAUCGAUGCCCCUGCCUACCUAGACUGUUUUCUGAGCCCUCCGGACCUGAGACUGAGUUUUGUCUUUUUCCUUUAGCCUUAGCAGUGGGUAUGAGGUGUGCAGGGGGAGCUGGGGUGGCUUUACUCAGCCCAUUCCAAAGAGGGCGCUCCCUCCACACAGCAUCCUGGGGGGCCUCUGCCAUCAUCCCCGGCGCCUUGGGGCUCCUUUGGGCUCAUCACCGGUUCUGUGCCUGUGCUGUGUAUUGGAGGGAAGGACUGGUGGUUCUGGGUUUUACUCUGUGAACACUUUAUUUAAAGACAUUCUUUUUUAUUGGCGGCUCCUUGCCCCCCAGCCGCUUGCACCCACUCUCUGUUGUACACUUUCAAUCAACACUUUUUCAGACUAAAGGCCAAAACAUCA